AUGGAGGCUCCUAUGGAGGGACUGACGCUGCUGGAGGAAGAGGAGGGGGCUGCUGCCAGCGCUUUUACUGGGUUGAUCGCAGUGUUUGGAAGAUUUGGCAUCCUCGUCGCCUGGGCGUCGCUUGUGUUUGUCAUCAAGACAGAGCAUUACUUUGAGGAGCUGUGUGAACCAAAUGCCUGGCUCACGGGCAAUACCACACUGACGGGCAAUGCCACGGGACAGACUGACUUCAAAGCCCAGGAUGAGAAGUUCUCGCUCAUCUUCACCCUGGCGUCCUUCAUGAACAACUUCAUGACGUUCCCCACCGGCUACAUCUUUGACCGUUUCAAGAACACUGUGGCCCGCCUCAUAGCCAUAUUUCUCUACACCACUGCCACGCUCACCAUAGCCUUCACCUCUGCAGAUGAGUACUGUCAGGGGUUGGGAGGGACACAAGCUCAGGGGCACCUGCUGGGUGGGGCAGUUGCCGAAGAAUCAGCCCUGCUGCUCUUCCUGGCCAUGCCCAUGCUCACCGUUGGGGGAAUCCUGUUUCUGAUCACCAACCUGCAGCUCCUUUAUGAACAGGGCGUCAGCCUCAGGGCCUCCUUCCUCUUCUUCUCUGUCUUCAGUGUCUGGCAUGUUGGGCGCACUUUCCUCCUGCUGCCCAGGGGGCACAUCCCCUACCCGCUGCCCCCCAACUACUGCUAUGGCCUGUGCUCUGGGAGGGACAGCAGGGAGGAGGAGCAGAAGACAGUGGAGUCCAAAGAACUGGAGGGACAGUCGGAGUUCGUUUCACCAAAGGAAGAGAUCCCAGAUCCAGGGCAGCAGAAGGAGCUCCGCUCUUUCUGGGGCUACGCUUUCUCUCGGCGCUUUGCCUGGCACCUGAUGUGGCUGUCCAUGAUGCAAUUGUGGCAUUACAUCUUUAUCGGCACCCUCAACUCUCUGCUCACCACCCCAGCCAAGGGCACUAGCAUCUACACAAAUGCCUUUGCCAUCACUCAGUUCUUCGGAGUGCUCUGUGCCCCCUGGAAUGGCCUGCUCACGGACCUGCUUAAACAGAGGUACCAGAAGAAAGCGAGCAAGACAGGUUUCUCAGCCUCGGCGGUGGCCCUUUGCUCCACGGUUCCUUGUCUGGCCCUGACGUCUCUGUUGUGCCUGGGCUUCGCCCUCUGUGCCUCAGUCCCUGUCCUCCCCCUCCAGUACAUCACCUUCAUCCUGCAAGUGAUCAGCCGCUCCUUCCUCUAUGGGGGCAAUGCUGCCUUCCUGACCCUUGCUUUCCCUCCAGAACACUUUGGGAAGAUCUUUGGGCUAGUGAUGGCCUUGUCAGCCAUUGUGUCUCUGCUCCAGUUCCUCAUCUUCACCUUCAUCAAGGGCCCCCUCCAGAAUGACCCAUUCUACGUGAACGUGAUGCUGGUGCUCGUCACUCUUCUGACGUUCAUGCACCCCUUCUUGGUGUAUGGAGAGUGCCAGCGGAAGGAAGGCCCCCCUGCAAUUGCUUAG